AAACAGAAACAUUUAAUGAAGAACAGCCAAUAAAUAAACUUAAUGAAUGGAAAGCGGCUGCAAUUGCACUUAGUUUAUCGUUGUGUGUCUUAACCAUAAAAACAUUUGUUACAAAUAAUUGAAUUUUUUAUUCACACAAACUUCAAGUGGUGUUGUGUUGAAAUAUAAUUUGGUUACCUACAAUAAAUAAUUCAACAAUGUCGUAUAAAACUUACCAUAUAUAUGAUCGUGAAGAAUUCGAUCGAAUUACAAAUGGUGUCUGUUUAGCGCAAUGCAUGCGUGGUGAUGAUAAUAAAUCUAUUUUAAUACCAGAGAUUCUGAACAUAGAAGACUUAACUAUUUCGGACACUCUAUUUUGUUCUUUUUGCAAUGCCAAGUUUGAUGAUCAAAUUCAACAAAGGCAACAUUAUAAAUUAGAUUGGCAUCGAUAUAAUUUAAAACAAAAGUUAUUUGGUUUAUCUCCAAUCACAGAGGAUAGUUUUACUCAACAAGCAGAUGACGUUUCAAGUAUAUCAGGCUCAGAAUCAGAAUCUGAAGAAGAUUCUGAGUCAAAUACUAAAUCAAAUUUAGAUACUGAUACAGAAAUAAGUAAAAAAACUUCAAAUACUAGUCUAACUCCUGGUCGACAUGCUAAAGUAUUCUUUGAAAAUAAUGCUGGUGAAAUAUUUUCUGUUUAUAAAUGUUUAUUACACUCCAAAAAGGAUAUUCCUGAAAAUAAUGAAACUUUGGUUGAUUUACUUAAAAAAUUUCCAAUUGAUCAACUAUGGACGGUUCUAAUGAUAGGGGGUGGACACUUUGCUGCUGCUGUGUUUAAAGGAUCUGAAGCCAUUGCCCAUAAAACAUUUCAUUCUUAUACCGUACGAGCAAAACAAGGCGGUUCACAAAGUAGUCGUGAUGGAAAAAGUGGAGGUGGUAGUCAUCCAAAAAGUGCGGGUGCCAGUUUACGACGAUAUAAUGAAGCAGCAUUAACACAGCAUGUCCAAGAAAUUUUAGAAUCAUGGACAAGUCAUAUAAAAAAUUCAAGUAUAAUAUUUUACAGAGCAGUCGGUCCGCAUAAUCGUUUUGUAUUAUUUGGAGGAAAAAGCCCUCCAUUAGAUAAAAAUGAUUCGAGAUUGCGUACAAUACCUUUUGCGACACGACGUGCCACUUAUAAAGAAGUAAAACGUGUUCACUCGAUAUUAUCAUCAAUAGAAGUGUAUGGUUCGGCAGAUCUUUUUCAAAGUGUUUUUCCAAUUUCACCAAACAAAAAAGAAAAAUUAGAAACUGAUGAUUCUGUUAAGCAGUCAAUAGAAACUCCUCCAAAGAAAAUAAUAGUAGACACUCCAAGAAAAGGUCGUAUAACUCCACGAGGUGGAGCUAUUGAUCGUGCCAAAUCUAGAGAAUUAAUUGAACGCCCAUUACCAUGUCAAGAUUUGAGUUCGAGUAGUGAUUCGGAACUCGAAGCACAUGAGUUAGAUCAUUCGUGCCAUCGUGAGUGUAAGCGUCAUCGUUUGCAAAGUUUUGAGUUGGCAAUUUCUUUUACGGAAUCCUUACAAGAAUUUGAUGAUGAUGUACCUGGAUACUUGAAGAAAAAUUCCAGAAAAAAACCAAAAAAGAAAAAGAAACCAAAACAACAACCAGUUAAUGAAUGUUUAGUUUUAUUUAAAAAGAAAGUGUGGACUGCUUGUAGUAUUAAUGAUAAAGAUCUACUUGUGGCUACAUUAAAAUGUGAAUUAGAUAAAAUUAAUAAUUCUACCCCAAAACAAAAUAAUAAUGAUGAAAAUGUAAAUAAUCAGAAUGAUCAGUUAACUGAAAAUGAAUUUUUAAACGUACUCAAUGAAGUUAUUGAUGAUAAGGGCAAUACCAUUUUACACAGAGCUGCGGUAGAAGGGCGAGAUACUAUUAUUAGCAUAUUAAUGGAAUAUGGAUCAGAUCCUUGUAAUAAAAAUAAAAAAAAUCAAACACCUUAUACAGCCACCGAAAAUAAAGAAGUACGUCGUAUAUUUCGUAAAUUCUUAACUGAUUUUCCUGAUAAAUACAAUUAUGCAAAGUCUCAAAUUCCUGGACCAAUAGACGAAGAACAUGAAAAGAAACAAGCUGAAAAACGAAAGCAACUUAAAAAAAUGAAACGUGAAAAAGAAAAAGAGAAAAAAAAGGAAAAAAUCGCGGAAAAGAUUGAAACAGAAGAAAUGAAACGAUUUGCUGCUCUCAGUGAUCGUGAAAAGCGUGCAUUAGCUGCAGAAAGACGAAUUUUAAAUAGUAAGUCAGGUACAGUUACUCGUCGAUGCUUUCUAUGUGGCGCUGAUAUUGCCGGUAAAGUACCAUUUGAAUACAAUGAUAAUUGUUUUUGUUCUAUGCCAUGUUUAAAAACUCAUCGAUUACAGCAUGGUCUCAAUUUAAGCUAAUUUUUCAUAUAAUUAUUUUUA